AUGGCUGUGGGUCUCUCCUAUGGCUGCGAAGGUGCAUCAGCGAAUGGAAGAGUGGGUUUUGUCCUCUAUCAAAAUAGCAAAUUCUUCAAGUCGAGGAUUUAUAAGAGCCACGGUAGUUUUUCUAAACAAAUUGUCUCCGGCAACAUUGAUGGUGGAAGAGCCAGCGGUGUUGAACUAGCCUUCAGCCCAAAGUACAACACAUCGGAGCUCCAGCUGCGUGAUCAUGCCUGCGUCUUUUGGGACUAUGCCACCAAUGACUGGAGCACCGUAGGCUGCACAAAAGGAAGAGACCAAUUCCUGAGAUGCAAGUGUAACCACACGACUAACUUUGCUGUCCUAAUGACCUUCCAGAUCAAAUAUAAGUAUGCAAAGCCUUUGGAGUACAUCUCUUACAUUGGUAUUGGAUUGUCCAUGGCUGGUCUGGUCAUUACCAUGUUGUUUCAGAUCUUAACCAGGAAAACUCGGAAAUCCUCAAUAACAUGGAUGUUGGUGAGUCUCUGCUUCUCUAUGCUCAUUUUCAACAUCAUCUUCGUCUCGGGAAUUGAGAACCGAAAUGCCAGGAAUUCYGGCAGCGACACCAGCAGUUACGAGCAGCAGCCCCAGCCUCCGGCCACCACGGAUAACACUCUGCUCACGUCGGAUCUGGCGGAUCCCCCCGCGGCGCCCUGGUGUACCGCUGUGGCAGUGCUACUGCAUUACUUCUUGCUGGCGACGUUUAUGUGGACAGCGCUCAACUCUGCCCAGUUGUAUCUACUGCUGCUUAGAGCCAUGCAGCCGCUUCCCGGCCGCUUCAUUGCAACCAUGUCAGUCCUUGGAUGGGGAAUCCCUGCUCUGGUUGUUGCAAUAACAUUUGGAGUUACUUACAGAGAAGGAAAAGCAUUAAACUAUCGACAGGAAGAAUUUUGCUGGCUUGCAGCCCUGGAUGARCAUCACAAUUUUAGCAUGGAAAAGCCUAUGUUGUGGUCAUUCCUACUGCCAGUAGCUCUCAUACUCCUGUUUAACUUCAUUGUCCUCAUCAACAUCACAGUGUCCGUGAUAUGGAGGAAUAACAACAAUUUGACAAGGAAUAAAAAGGAUUCAUUCAUGAAAAGGGUGAUUGGCACUAUCUCUAUAGUUGUAAUGCUUGGAAUCACCUGGACAGUAGGCUACCUGAUGCUAAUAAACCAAGAGGAAACAAGUCUCACUUUCAGCUAUGUGUUCUGCAUUUUGAAUGGUACUCAGGGACUUCAGAUUUGCAUUCUGUAUACUUUCAGAUCGCCAGUCUUCAAGAAAAAGGUUUCUGAAGUGUUUCCCGUUUUCUCAGUGCCAGAGAUACCAGUGUAUCUGCAUUCAAAAAUUUACUAUGUUUCAAAAUCACACCUUGGAAAACAUGCAAAGGAAACUUUCAGACCAUUCCAAACGCUUUCAGAAGAUACUUCCUUGUCUACCUUAUCUAACCUUAUCUAACUACCUUAUCUAACAGUUAGAAACCUGUAAAGAUGUGUAAUACAAAUGUGUAUUUUUCAGUGUUUGUCCUACAUAUGUAUCAGAGGCAUCUCUAAUGUUGAACAUGCGGUUCCUACAGCAGAGAGAUAGGAUUUUAUUAGAAGACAACGUCUUAAGCAGGGGCACGUGAUAGCAAGACUGUGUGAGCACUUAGCAGCACUGGGAGAUCCCUUGAUACCAUUUGUAUUGCAAGCUGCUGAGGCAGGUCUUUGAAAGAAAGUUGAGGACAUUGUAGUAUUAUACAGUGCAGAUGUGCAGAAGUUGCUCUGUUUUUACCUGUCUCAUUUCUCAGGCUUGUAAAACAUGUUUUCCUGGCCUCCUGCAAUGUAGUUUUCUCUUUUAUAAGAAUAUUCUGAUGUAAUUUGAAUUCAAAUUGUAAAUCAGUGAACAGUUCUCRUUCUCUCUGGGUUCAAACUCUGCUUACUACCCACUUCCCUCAUAUGCUGGCCUUACUAUCACCUUCACAAAAGGAAAUCUGGAUCUUAGA